AUGGCGUCACUUGCAGAAAAUCGAUCGGUCACCGCUUUUGCAAGCGCUACCAUCCACAACGAUAAGCGCUACGCUAAUCAAAACAAUGCGGUUGUCAUUCCUGAGGUGCUUCCAUUCAUCGAGAUUGGUUCCAGCUGCGCACAGCUGGUAAAACACGUGAUAGUUUCGCUCGUCCUCAGCCUGAAAGACGACCCGCGACUUCUCGAGCAGAAAGCGCAUCAUCUCUUGCAGGAUCCGUCAAUUCAGCCUGCUUUGGCUGGCAUGUCAUGUACAGCCCGUAGCGACGACCUGAGAGCCGCUCCCGCGAAGAGCGUGCUGGAAGACAUGCGGGAGGGCAUCCUUUUAGCCGUGCAAAGAAACCGCAGAUCGGUGGAGCGUCGCAUGUGGAGAAGAAUUGGCAUGCCCCAGUUUGCGCAUAAACUCCGUCGAGAUCUAAAAUGUUGCGUUGAGUGUGGCCACAUGCACGAGGCUCAUACACUUUGUGGCAAUUGCUAUAUGAAGAUUCGGAUUGAGGCAGAAGCUAUACAAAAGGCUAUAGUAGACUCUUUCAGUUGGAACCCGAUCGAACAGGAUGUUGUGGUGAAGUACAAAGGCGAGGAAAUUAGGGCAGAGGAUAAAAGCAAGCGCAUUAUCGAAAUGCCUAAAGAAAGGCCGAAAUUCUUCUCCAACAAUUUACUUGAAAAGGGGAACCACUCCUAAGGCUGCCCCAGGGGCGUAUAUAGUGAAUGCAGUUGUUUUACAAGCCCAAAAGUAGCUCAUAUAUAUGUGUGCGUUGAAAUGCUGCAAAUAGUUAAGAAAAAUAGCAUGUUUUUAGCAUGUUUAGACAUUUUAGGGUGGUAGCUCUGUUACAUCAAUGAUUGCAGACUAUGAUGUAAAAACUCUGAUUGAAUAAAUUAUCUCCUUUGAUAUAAGGAUU